AUGGAGCGAAAUAUCGAUAAAAUAAAACGCCUAAUAAUAUCAUUCAAAUACUGCGUCGAAUUCGAAAUUCUAAAAGCGUCAAAAGCCUGCCGAAAAGAAGACAGCUAUAAAGCACUGAAAGAAGGCGAAAAAGUAUGCGUCCGUUGCGAAUCCGAAGCCCUCCACGAAGACCUGGGCUGGAGAUGUCAAGGACACGGAGUCGAGGGUAGAAUCACCAGAUGGUCGGCAUUAUCUGCACCCCAUUGCCACGGGAAGUGGUUGAGAGCCCAAGCGGAGCCUGAUAGAACAUGCGCCGACAGAACAUGCAAAGACAACAACGUUUCGUUCAUUUUUGUUUAA